UAAUCCCGCUUCUAAUAACCCCUGCUUCCUUGUCGAGGUUCCUUCCAUUCUUAGGUUCCUAGCCACCCCGGGCUGCCAUCCCAAUCCCCCAAUCCCGGUAUCCAGGGCAUUCAUUCAUUCAUUUGCAGGUAACCUCCGCCCACGCCUGUCUCUCUCUGUCUCUCUCCACUUCUCAUCGUCAUCCUUUCGCUCGUUUCUUUCUCUUUCAUCUUUGCAUCCUCAUGAAGCUCGACACGUAUCAUCGUUGUCGUCUUUGAGCUUAUCGUCGCUCUCGCUUCAUCGUCGACAUGCGCUUCCCGUCAACAUCGAAAUCAGAGCCAAGGCUCGGUGCAGGCGGCAUCAUAGCUGCCCUGCUACUGACGCUCAAUCGCUUUUCCUUGGCCUACCAACUGGAUCCUAAUUCGACGAGUUCGAUUAAAUCGAUUGCCAAAUCAAUCGCCAAGGAUAUGGUUGGCAUGUAUCAUGGCGACGAACCCGGACAAACACCAGGUCUACUACCUGAUCCUUAUUACUGGUGGUACGCUGGCGCCUUUAUGGGAACACUCGUCGAUUAUUGGGCAUACACUGGCGAUUCCCAAUACGUCGAAAUCACCAAACAGGCACUUCUUUUCCAGGUCGGCGAUCACGACGAUUAUAUGCCUAUUAACCAGACAAGAACCGAAGGAAACGAUGAUCAGGGCUUCUGGGGACUUACUGUCAUGUCGGCUGCCGAGUACAACUUCCCCCAUCCUGCAGAAGACCAGCCACAAUGGCUUGGACUUGCACAAGCCGUCUUCAAUACCCAGGCAGCUCGUUGGGAUACAGAGCAUUGUAAUGGCGGUUUGAGAUGGCAAAUCUUCCAGUGGAAUAGGGGUUACGACUACAAGAAUUCAAUUUCUCAGGCUUGUUUCUUUGCUCUAGGUGCUCGUCUCGCUCUCUUCACUGGCAAUAGCAGUUAUGCCGACUGGGCGGAUAGAACAUGGGACUGGAUGGAAGCAGUCGAGUUUAUUGACCCUAAGAGCUGGUACGUUUAUGAUGGUGCUCAUAUCGGCAACAACUGCACGAAACUCGUCCCCUAUCAAUUCUCUUACAAUGCUGGCGGUAUGAUUCUCGGCGCCGCUGCUAUGUACAACUUUACCGAAAGCCAGGUCUGGAAGGAUCGCCUCGACAAUCUUCUCGUGGGUGCCAAAGUCUUUUUCUCAGGGCCUGAAAAGAAUAUCAUGACAGAGGUCGCUUGUGAACCCGUGAAACUUUGCAACCUCGACCAGAAGUCUUUUAAGGCAUAUCUGAGCCGCUGGCUUGCUGUCACUACGCAAUGGGCUCCCCAUACUCGCGACACUAUCAUGCCACUUUUGCGUGCUUCAGCCGUUGCAGCCACGGACAAGUGCACGGGGGGUGAUAACAAUCGAAUGUGUAGUCUCUACUGGACCAAGGACAAGUUUGAGGGCGAAGUCACCAUUGGUCAACAAAUGGCCGCAUUAGAAGUUACUCUUGCCUGCAUGAUCCAGGAUCGGCCAGCCCCGUUAACGAAGGACACUGGAGGCACAAGCAAAGCCAAUCCUGGCGGUGGUGCCGAAGAUGUUGGGCGAACGACCCCUGAUUUGGAUUACAAACCUUUGCCUGCCGGUGAUAAGGCUGGUGCCGCCAUUAUUACCAUUUUGAUUCUCGCCGGCCUACUUGCUGGUAUGUUCUGGAUAUUCUUUGACGAAACGUCAGACAGUGGUCCCAUUGAUCAGUUCCGGAGUUUUGGAUCAUCAGCCGCUGCUGCCGUUGCCGCUUUGGCUGCUGGUGGGGGCGCAGCCGCGGUAUUUGGACAUAAGAAGGGCAAGAAGGACAUCAACGAAAAAAAUGCUGCGGUCUUUGCGACAUCAAGCAAUGGCAGCUCCCAAGAAAACACCAACAGCCCUGUUGCAAAUGAUGUGCCUGCCGGCGCUACCAAUCAGAGCCAGGGGCAACAUCGUCGGGUGUCUAGCAUGCCUUUGGGAUGGCCACAAAACCCAGCAAUGAGAGGAAGCACUCUAUAUGACUCUGACGGAGUUUAUCCAGCGUCAGCCUCGGCGCGACAAUCUCGAGGGGACUGGGCAGUAGGAGGUAUUGGCGAAUCAAGCAGUGCUGCAGGAAGUUCGGCUGGUGGCAAUAGAAGCUACACACAACAGGAGAACGCGACACGCGACACCACCCCAGGUACCGAGGAACCUGGCCUACCACACGAUAGGAACAGUUAGAGUGCCACCCACACCGCCGAAGUGGGCGUGAGUCAACGUGAAGCUCCAGGAGCUAUCGGGGUAGCACAGUGAUCGUUUCCUGUGCUGGGUAAUCAUCUUUUCUUAAUCAAAGGGGUUGAGACUUACGACAUUCUUGGCAAUACACGCUCAACUAGGGUUUGACGGACGCUUGUGGCAUUUUGGGGGCGUUUUGACGGUGACGGCGCAUAUCGGUUGGCAGCCUGUGGGCAGGCUUUUGAGUGUUGUCUAUAACUUGGACCGGGGUGCCAUAAGAAAGAAGGCCUCCUAGCUACAACGGCAGAGUCGAGGUGUUACACACAAUUAGAUACAAACUCACAGGCGUCUGUCCUUUCCAACAAGACACUAUAUAUGGCUCAGAGUAAGAGUAGUGCACACUUAUUUCACGCAGAUAUUUGGCUGGUGCUAUAAUUUGUCGUAUUCGCUAUCGUCAUUUCAACAAUGAUUCAAUAUCAUCGACAAACACAUUCUCACAGAGUCAAUCUACUAUGCCAUCAAAUCAGCCGCUAAUAGAUUUUCAGGUGCUCGUGC